UGAUCUUGUUGACCCCUGGGAUGAAGCAGGGGGAUCAGUUAGAGAGGGGCUACUGUGCAUACAUCCUACUUACAUAUAAGCUCAUCCUGGUUGUCACUAAUAGUGGUCAACAGUGUGGUCAAGAAGAAGAAGAAGAAGAACCAAAGACCUGGAUCAGAACUGAAUCAAAGAGAAUGUGGUUGCAAGGAACUUGAAGAAAGAAAAACAACCAAGCCAUGUCCGUCAAGCAGUUCGACUAUGCGAUCAACCAUCAACAGCAGAAGAAGUCAUCCCUCGAUACUCAACCUCAAACAUCUACUAUCCUACAAUCAGACCCUGACCAUCUCCAUCAUCCAAAUCAUUCCGACUCACUCAAAUCGAUCACCACGAAACUCGAUAACACUCGAUCUCAGUCAACCCUCGACCCAAUCAAAACUGACAUCGACAAGCCAUCAGCAAUCACCCAAGAAAUCACAUCAGCGAUUCUAACGGAUGGAACGAACCCAGAAGAACUGCCGUUACUGGACCACACAGCAGGACAAGACAACCUAAACCAACUGCUCGAGUCAAUUCCUGGUCAACUGAAUGAAUCACCACUCACCAACAAAAUACCUGAUUGGUACAAGAUCGGAUGGGCCGCUCAGAUCGAGCAUGUCGAUCUAUCAUCCAAAUCUGAUCAGGACGAGGCUAAACAUUUGGACCUAAUCGAAACCUUCCUGAGUGAAGUCUAUUACGGAACCUGGUUUCAUAAUGCAGCUGUCAUCUUCUUUGCUGUUGCUGCUUCCCAUUAUAUCACCCUCUUUGGCGGAGGAUGGGCUUCAUUAAUUAUCAUCCUUGCUAUUUGUGCCACAUACUAUACAACCAGUAUCCGUAGAGUAAGGAAGAACGUGCGCGGUGAUGUCUCGAGAGAGCUGGCCAAACAGAGGCUAUUCCAAGACCAUGAAACCGUCGAUUGGCUAAACAAUUUCCUGAACCGAUUCUGGCUGAUCUAUGAACCUGUAUUAUCGGCUACCAUUGUCGCCUCAGUCGACCAAAUUUUAGUAGCUUCAACUCCCUCAUUCCUGGAAUCUAUUCGAAUGUCCACAUUCACAUUAGGCUCCAAAGCACCACGAAUAGAUUUCAUAAGGUCCCAUCCAGAGACAGAGAACGAUGUGGUAGUCAUGGAUUGGAAAUUCGAUUUCACUCCUAAUGAUGUCUCCGAUUUGACUGCUAAAGCCGCCGCUGGAAAGAUCAAUCCUAAAAUCGUACUCACUAUUCGUUUUGGAAAAGGCGUCAUCGGCGCUGCUAAAGAUAUAGUCGUAGAGAAUAUCUCGUUUACUGGAACAAUCAGGAUCCGAAUUAAACUGAUGAAUAAUUUCCCACAUCUACAAUUGAUUGACCUAUCAUUUCUUGAAAAGCCCGAGUUCGAUUUCAUUCUAAAGCCAAUCGGUUUUGACUUGAACAUGAUACCCGGUCUAUCUGGAUUUAUAGAAUCUCAAGUCCAUGCCUCCCUAGGCCCGAUGAUGUACGACCCCAACGUUUUCACCCUGAAUCUUGAGCAGAUGUUGGCUGGCGCCCUGGUAGACUCGGCGGUUGGUCUCCUGCAGAUCGCUAUUGCUAGCGCUCAAGGCUUGAAGGCUGUCAAGAUUGGUGGUGGUACACCUGAUCCCUACGUCACGUUUUCCAUUGGGGCCCGUCUGAACCUCGACCGUACCAAAGUCAAACAUAGUACACAGAGUCCAAAUUGGAAAAGCGUUCAUUUCCUUUUAAUUCAUUCACUGAAUGAAAUAUUGACGAUGGAGAUUAUGGAUUAUAACGAGGUCAGGAAGGAUACCUCUCUCGGUACUGCGAGUGUGGACCUUCAGACGCUCGUGACCGAACCUGAACAAGAAGGUUUAAUGGUCCCAAUCAUGUACCAAGGCAAACCGCGGGGCGAGAUCAGACUGAGCAUGGUAUAUCAUCCUUGUUUGGUACCCAAGCAACUCGAAAAUGGAGAAACAGAACCCGUACCGGAAACAUCGGCCGGGGUUACACGUCUAGUACUACAUCAGGCCAAAGAACUAGACUACAAGCGCACAGGGACUAGCAACUUGUCACCGUACGCGAAGAUCUAUCUUAACGGAAAGGAGAUCCUCAAGACUCCGGUGAUCAAGCGAACCAACAAUCCAGUCUAUGAAGCGUUUACCGAGGUGCUGAUCUCCUCCAAACCUGAUGCGGUCUUCACAAUCAAUAUGUUUGAUGAUCGUCAUGGAGACGAUCCCAAGAUUGGUUCGGUGAACGUGAAGUUGCCCGACUUGCUUGAGCUCACUUCGGGAGAACAGAAGCUCGACUGGUUCCCCCUGGUCGGCGCUAAAUCCGGAAAACUGAGGAUCUCGGCCAUCUGGAAAGGUAUCAUGAUGGCCGGCGCUAUCAAUGGCGCUAGCGCUUACACCCCUCCCAUCGGGAUCUUGAGGUUCCAUUUCGAUCGAGCUGAAGAUCUAAAGAACGUCGAGGCCUUGACCGGUGGAAAGAGCGACCCUUAUGUCAGAGUGAUGAGAUCCGGGAUCGUCUUAUCCAGAUCUCAGAUUCAUAAUAAUGAUCUGGAUCCCGUAUUCGAUGAGAUCAUUUAUGUGCCCGUUCACAGCCUCAAGGAUUCAUUUCGAUUAGAAGUGAUGGAUUAUCAGCACCUCACCAAAGACCGAUCUCUAGGGCAUAUCGAUUUAGAGACGUCCAAGUUGGUCGAGAUAAACAAAGAGGAAGGAACGAACGGCUAUAAAUCAACAGGUAAACAUCAGUAUUCAGAGUACUUGAAGCAAGAGGGAAAGAAAGCACUCGUGAAGGGGAAGAUGAACUUCACGGUCGAGUUCCAUGCUUGUAAACCGAUCAAAUUCAAUCGGUUUGACACACCACCUUCGGAUGUCGAUAAGAUGAAGACGGGCCAACAAUCUGAUAAGCUGUCGAUGUUGACUAGCUCGGACAGUCAAUCGAUCACUUUAAUCAAUCCUGAAGGAAGUGGACUAGUCAAUGGGAACAGCGUGAAUGGGAAGGAAUCGCUCGAGAUGCUCGAUGGACGACCUGCUAGUAAAUCCACCCAGGCAGGAUACGACGCCUCCUCAAUCGACGGAAGUCCGAGAGCUAAGCGAUUAGACGCAGUCACGCUUUCUCAUCAACAUGCCAAACCGAGCAUCGACUCCUUCGGCUCUCAUUCUCGUCACCUUCGUGACGAGAAGAAUUCCGGCCCGCCGUUAGUCGAGUUGUCCAAAGAUGAACUACUCACCCAUCAAUCUGGUAUCUUGGUCUUUAAUAUCAUCGGCGGCGUGAUUGCUAAGAAAAAUGCUCGAUUGGAGUUCUUGUUUGAUGAUGGAUAUUGGCCUUCAUAUUCGACUGAACCAUCGAAAUCAACACAUCCUAAAUGGGACGAAACCGGCGAAAGUUUCAUCCGAGAAUUAGAUUGGUCGAGGUGUAUCUUGAAGCUAAAUGUGGCAGAUAAAGAUACUCGAGAGGAAGUGUAUGCUGAAUACACGAGUGACUUGAAGGACUUUUUGAACGAUUGUCUGGAUGGUCCUCAUGAUUUCGUCUUGCAAGACCUGGAAGGCGGUAAUCGAAGUACGAUUUCAAUUCAAUGUCGAUACAUACCCGUUCCGAUCACUCUAGAGCCUAGAGAAAGCAUCAACAAUAUGGGACUAUUAACUGUGUUGCUGGACCAUGGUAAGGACCUGAUGGCCGCCGAUCGCAACGGCUAUUCGGAUCCUUAUGCUCAGUUCGUCUUGAAUGGCGCUAAGGUUUUCAAGAGUAGCGUCCAAAAGAAAACCCUCAAUCCCAAAUGGACUGAAAGAUUUGAUGUUGAAAUUCCAUCAAGAGCAAGUGCCGAGUUCUAUGUUCAUGUGUAUGAUUGGGAUAGAGUUGGGGCCAGUGAUAAGCUUGGUCAAGCCCGAAUUGAUUUAUCGAAUCUCGAGCCGAUGGUCCAAACGACGGUGAUCGCCAAUCUGAGCCUAAGUGACAACAAGCAAAAGGGACAAGUCCAGUUCCGGAUGACGUUCAGACCGCAUUUCAUCAGUCGUAGUCGACAGGCGACCUCGAACUUUACGGGUGGAUUUGGACGAGUGGCCACCGGGUUAGGCGGGACCGUGCUUUCGGCCGGAGCGGGUGUCGGACUCGGGGCUGCCAAAGGGGUCGGAACGGUCGGAGGAGGGGUGAUCAAAGGGGUUGGAGGGGUCGGGAAGCUUGGCUAUGCGGGCAUCCGGCGGGCAACCGGAAUGGGGAACAAACGGGCGAGCGUGGUAGAGGAGACGGUUCCGAGAGUUCCGGUGCUUGACUCAGAUUUGAGUCUCCCUCCGACAGCUUCUGCCAAUGACUCCCGAAAGAGGAUCCAAUCGAACGAUCUUGCAGCCGGCCAAGCCACCCAUUCGACGCCACCGAAGGCGAAUCUUUUAACGGAUGACUUCAAGUUGAACAUUGUGGUGAUGGGCUUGGUUGGGAUGGAGAAUCCAGGUGGGAAGAUGUAUGUUCAGGUGAAACGGAAUGGGAAGGCGGUCCAUGAUACCAAGGUGAUCCGAGCUUCGCCGACGACGGGGCUAGAGUGGAAUGAGAUCUGCACCUUGGAUGCUAAGCUUGGAGUGGAGAGCGAGCUGGAGUUAGUGGUGUGUGAGAAGCGGAAGUUAGGGAAGGAUCGAGAGAUGGGGAGUGUGCGACUCAAGCUCUGGGAGACUGUGCAUCCGGACCAAGGUCGAUUCGAGGCGGAGAUAGAUCAAGCCUUGGAGGAGUCCGGCGGGGAUCCAUCGGCUGGUUCGGCGAACUCUGCGGCUGGCCAUCUCCGGUUCAAACUCUCGAUCAUCGAUGCUAGCUCGUCGACUAAUGUGGGCAAAGAGAUCUAUAACCAUACUCGUCGAAGCAUCUCAGCUGGAAACCACACCUUCGGCAAUCUGUUCGGUAGCCAUUCUAAUCAUCAUCAUCAUCAUCAAUCUAAAGCGCAGAUCGAAGAUCAACAAGCUUCCAGCGUCGCCGCUUCGUCGGCCCAAAACGAGCUCUUCCUGAACCAUGAUCCCAACCCUUCCCCGGCUAAACCGCCCUCGGUCUUUGGCGGGAGAUCCCAGAGAUCGGUCAGUGGCGCUGGCGCAAGUCGGUUCUCUCUUCAUCGGCUUCGUUGAUCCUUCGUUUUCCCCUUUGCUUUCUCUUCUUUUGGCUCUCUUUGGUUUGGUCUUAAGCAUUCUGUAUAUUUCUCUCUCUUUCUUCUACUUGCUCCCCCCCCCUUUUUUUUUUUUUGUUGGCCGUGUGUGUAUCCCUAUACUCUUCUUUUUCAAACUUCAGAUCAAUCGGUCCAAAAACUAUCUUCGUAUUUGAAAAUUACGUUUCUUUCUCUUUUAUUCCUUCAUCCUAUUUAUCUGUUCAUUUCCUAGUCUUGCUUUUUUGGGGGGGGCGCGCGAGGGAGGGUUACUUAUGACUUUGAUAAUCAUUAAUCAAAUUUAAAAAAAAUUUUUUGUCUCUUUGAAUAUCUUCAAUCAUAGUUUAUAACGCAUUCAGUUCUUUUGUUUUUUCGUGAUUUAUGGGUUAUGAAUAGAUGAUUAUUUGAUGAAUGAUGGAUAAGAAAGAAAGAAGCAAUGAAACUAACUCAUGAC